AUGGGUAUGCCUCAUCGAGGACGUCUCAACACCCAGGCCAAUGUCUGCCGCAAGCACCUUAACCAGAUCUUCAUCCAGUUCGCUAUUCUGAAGACCGCGGAUUAUUAUCAUUUGGGCAUGUACAUUGAGCGUCUGAACCGGUUGACAAACAAGAACUUCCGCAUGGCUGUUGUGACCAAUCCAUCACAUCUGGAAGCCGUCGAUCCCGUCGUGCCGACCAAGACCCGUGCCGAGCAGUUCUAUCUUGAUUUUUUUGGAGCUAGUCUUGGAGAGGAAUCCAGAAAAGAGCAAAGACAAGUAGCAGCGAUUGCAGACGCAGCGCCAGCUAAGCUCUCCGGGCAUGAAGUACAAGAGUCCGGUGCUGAGUUACGCCGUGGAUAUGGUGGAUGCUUGUGUCCGUUAUUGCGAGCAGUUGGAUCACCUCAACGAACAUGGAGGAACACACUUCAAAUAUUGAGAGAGCUUCUCUCUUAUGCUAUUUUGUGCAGAGAUGGCUCCUACAAGGAUCUUACAGCCAUUGAUCAUCUUGUGAAGGUCUACUACCUGGUGUACUACUAUCCGACACGGUGUCGGGCAGAAGCUGAGGUCGAGCAAUGCAAGAUGGAAGUGGUCCAGACCCUGCUGGCCUUCACGCCGCCUAAUGAACAGGAUGAGGAGUCACUGCACAAGUCCCUGUGGACGCUAAUGGUCAGGGAAGUCCUUAAAAACAUCGAUGGACCAGCUCAUUUUAUUCCAGGACUUAAACUCUUGGCAGAACUCCUUCCAAUGCCGCUGCCGAUGUCCCAGCCAUUGUGUGACCAGUUGAAGCAGCAGCAUAAGAAACGCCUGAUUACUGAGCGGAAACUGUGGUCCGCCCACUUGCAUCCGCAGAGCGGCCAGGUUGCCAAGCUGGUGGAGGCCCUGGCUCCGGCCAGUUUCUCCCAGCUGUCGGACAUGUUGAAAAGUGUCAGCAUGUAGCUCUCAGAUCUGGCCCCCAAUAUGACACUGCUCAUUGCCAAGACAAUUACGGAGCUGUUGUGCAACACAUAUCAGACCACCAAUUGCAUCCCAACCACCAACCUAAAGAGGCUUCUUCGCUUUUCUAAGCGGCUAUGUGCUUUUGUUUCGUUGAAGAGUUCCAUGCUGUCCAUACUAUCGGGCAAGUUUUGGGAACUGUUCCAAUGCCUCCUGGCUCUAAAUGAGUUUAACGAAGUGGUUUCUAACUGCCAAGAGGCAGUGCAUCGUAUCUUGGACAGCUUUUUGGACUCACGGAUCUCGUUGAUUUUCCAUAUGUCGACCGCUGCUCCAGCUCUUAAUCUGGCUGCGGCUCUGCCGCCCAAGGAACUCAUUCCCAGGAUUGUUUUUAGUAAUCUGACGAGUGUGGAGGUCACCCAUGGCAUCUCCAUUCCGACAGUCCGCAAUAUGAUUAUCCUAACAGAUCAUGACUUUACCUUCUACCCACGGUUGCCAUUCCAAAAAAAUUUUUUGUACCAAAAUUUUGAAAAAAUGUACCAAUUUGAGCAAAAAUGUACCACAAAUUUUUCUCGGUAUUUUUGAAAACUAAAAUUUCUUUACGUUUUUUUAAAAUGAUCUUUUAUUAUUUCACGUUUCAUUUUUGAAGUGAAACUUCUUAUACGACGCCGGAAAAUGUU